AAUAAUUGUUUACAAGGGAAGCGACUAACGUUACAGCGAAUGUGUCAAGAAUGUUUUCGGUGGAUUUUCACUUGUUUUCUCAUGUUUUAAAAGACCAUUUUGGAAAAUCAGUUGACCCAGAUUUUUAAAGGCUAUCUCUUAAAUCAUUUCAAUGUUGCCGUGAUUGUACGGUGUCUAGACUUGUUUGACAUCAGAUGGUUGUGGGAUUUAGCUUCGGUUUUGCUGUAACGUUAAUCGAAGCCUGUGACUUGACCAAUGCCCAUCGCAACCCUUACAAUCAUUAAUCGGUAAUUAUAUGUUAUUAGUGUCAGAAGCUUAAUUCAGUGUUAUCCUUCUGAAAAUCGUGGACAAUAAUAUCACGCCUUUUCCAGACACCGAGGAGAAAAGUUGAACGAGCAGUUGUGUAUCGUUUCCCACUGCUCUUGUCAUAAAAAUGUCCAAGAUUGAAAGAUUGAAUGCACGGGUUUCUAAACUGCUGACCGCAGCAGUCCACGAGGUGCUGGAGGUGGUAAAGGAUACGGUGUCGGAGUACCAGGAGAAAACCGCUCGCACUCAGAGGGAAAACGAGAGACUUCAGAAGAAACUCCAUGAACUACAGCAAAAGUUUGAUCGAGAAUUGACAAGAGUGGCAAGAGCAAGUCCUCCAUUGCAGGCUAGCCAAUCAGAGCAGUCCAAAUGCUCAUGUAAACAACUUCAGUCCUCCAAGGCAUCGGGCAAGCCAGAGCUGAAGGUGGAGUCCAGAGUGACUUCUGCAGAUGAUGUGAAGAAUCAUCUGGACUCAAAGGUAGAAUCCAUCAUCAGCGUUGAGCAGGUGUUUACAAACUGCAGUGAAGUGGCUCUUUCAUUUGUCACCGUGGUGGAUACAGAAAGUGACAGCUCUGCUCACUCACAAUCUGAGAACUCAAAGGACGUCUCAGCACAUGCUGAAGGUGUAGUGUUCCCCAAUGGACUUUCAUCACAGGCUAACUCCACCUCACCCACUCGGGAAGGGAUGCCAGCCGACGUCAAUAUCAUCAAAGCGGAGCCCGACCUUCUGGAAUAUUCCCUCUCCCAGCAACCCGUGCCCCCACACCAACUGUACGACCACGAGGAGCUCAACCCAGAUUCCGACGCCACCACACCACAGAACGAUGUCCAGUUAGAUCUUCCACAGCACAGCUCUGACAUUUCAGAAGUGGCACACUACAUCCAUUCCGAUACACUCAACGCCUUUGUGGAGUCGUUCCCCUUCGAGCGGGCCCAGGGGCUGGGGACUGAAGCAUGGGCCCAGCAGCAGCAGCAGCAGCAGCAGCAGCACCUCCACCAGCAGCAGCAGCGUUUCUCUGGCCGAGAGGAGAGCCACCGCUGCCUGCUUUGCGGCAAGACCUUCAGCCGGCUGGGCAACCUGCGCAUCCACCAGCGCUGCCACACGGGCGAGAAGCCGUACACGUGCGGCCACUGCGGCCGGCGCUUCAGCCACGCCGGGAACCUGCAGAAGCACAAGCGCGUGCACACCGGUGAGCGACCGUACGGCUGCCAACAGUGUGGCAAGAUGUUCAGCCAGUCGACCCACCUCAAGAAGCACCAGAGGAUCCACAGCUUCCGCCACCUCAGCGAGGCCUGAGUUUGGGUGGGUGUUACAUGAUUGGGUGGGAGCCAGGAACUGUAAACAAGAAGUGUGGUGAUUUGAUAUAGCGCCUCUCGGACGUUCAUCAGAUGUGGCUCAGUGGUAUUGUAGUGGGUUUGAUGUUUUAACUGUGGUAAUUAAUAGAAGUGGAAGAACAAAAUAAUACUGUCUAGUAUUGCAAUAUUCUUCAGCACAAUAUUAUCAUGAUUCAGUGUCUCAAUAUUUAUGUAUUUAUCAUUAGGAUUUUAAUUUCUUUUAGAUAUGACUGCUCUGAUAACAUGCACAUUCUUUUAUUGCGCCACAGUGGAAAUUGAAAAGGAAGUAAAAAUCUAGAACAUACUUACUGCACAGAGAUGGCUUUGGAGAUUCCCGGUAUACAAAAUGUAAUAUAUGAAAGAAAUUAAUUGCAAUGUAUCGUUGAAUAUAAUUGCAAUACUUGCUGUAUUGUAAAAUGUUAAGAAGGGCAAAAAUAUUUUAUUGUCACCCAAAUAUUGUGAUGGCAUCAUGUUGAAGCCAACCCUAGGAACAUAACUGUCAUAUAGAAACAGUUAUUUGGGACUGUGUUCUUACUAGGUCAUUAAAUAUUGAAAAGAAAAGGCAGUGAUACCAGAAGAAUCAGAAGAAGGAAGGACAAUCUGACUAUUUAUUUUUGGCUGAAAUAUCCCCUCGCAAUCCUUAUUGUUUGGAUAUCAUGUCUGACUUUGAAAUCUGUCUGUCUAAAGUGAACUCAUAGUCCUUUCUACAGAUGCAGAGAGAGUGAAGAACCCUAAGAAAGUUUGGAAACACAAGGUCUUUGUAUUCUCUGUUGUGUUCAAAGUUAUCUUGAUAUGUAAUAUAAGUCUCUCUGACAAAUAUCAA